CUACACCUAUUUUCAUCGGCGGCGGCGCCAAGGUCCGCCAUUUUGUUGGUGAGCGGUCGGUCGGCCAGCGUCGGGAGCGGGAACGGUAGCACCAGGCAGGCAAACGGGCCGGGAGUAGCAGCCAUGAAUCAUGGUUCGUGUCCUUUAGACUGCAAGGUGUAUGUUGGGAAUCUGGGAAAUAAUGGGAACAAGACUGAACUGGAGCGAUCGUUUGGAUAUUAUGGCCCUCUCCGGAGUGUGUGGGUUGCCCGAAAUCCACCAGGCUUCGCUUUUGUUGAGUUUGAAGAUCCACGCGAUGCUUCUGAUGCUGUCAGGGAGCUAGAUGGAAGGAAUCUUUGUGGCUGUCGUGUUCGUGUAGAACUCUCCAAUGGCGAGAGACGCAUUCGUAAUCGUGGCCCGCCUCCAGCCUGGGCCCGGCGUUCCCGCGAGGAUUAUCGCCGUAGGAGCCCCCCAGUCCGUCGCAGAUCACCGCCUCGCCGGAGGAGCUUUAGCAGAAGCCGCAGCAGGUCCCUCUCAAGGGAUCGCAGGAGAGAGAGAUCCCUGUCCAGGGAGAGGAACCAUAAGCAAUCUCGCUCAUUCUCCAGGUCUCGCAGCCGCUCCAGGUCAACUGAUAGGAAAUGAAUCUGAAGCAUAGUGGCCUUUGAAGAUCGUGUACAGACUGUUGGAGUUGUUAAGAAUGUGAUUGCAUUUGUUUAUUAGACUCUUCAGACAUGCAGUUAAGCAUUUUUUACCCUGUUUUAGCAGUUAGUUCAUCGUGUUUUCUUGUACUCCAUAAUGUAACCAGUGAUCAGAUUUUCAGAUGUAGAAAUUCAGUCAUGUGAGUUGCAAGCAGAGUUUGUUUUUUAUAUAAAGGCAGGAACUAAAUUGUGGGCAGAUGUUGAAUCCUUGUACAAGGGUUGGCUUGCUAGAACUGCUAAGCUUGUCCAUCUUCAGUUGAUGAGAAUUUCACCCCUGCCCCAUCUUCCCACAAGCAAGUCUGACCAGCCGUAGUUUUUGUUCAUUUCUUGUUUAUUGUCCAAGCUUGAGGGCUUUCUAACAUAACACGUCAGCACUCCUGUGCCGUGCAAUCUGAGGGUUGGGUGCUGUAAUUAUUUUUUUGUACGUACUCUUUGUGUUUCCUAAAAUACCUGCAAGAUGUUAAAACUGUAGUAUAACUGUUUGUAAAUCCUGCACCUGUUAGUUUGUAGUAGAUUUCAUUAGUGUAGUGACUCGGGGGCAUUAUUUGGAGGUGGAUAAUUAUAGAAUGGGUGACCGGAAGAUUUUGCAAUAUUCCAGUAUUUGGGGAAAUGUUCCUUUAAGUUCAACAGAAAAUCAGAACAUUAAAGAGUUAGCAGGUUUUUAAAGGGAUUUGUGGUGUGGUAAACCUAGAAAGUGAUAUUUCUAUCAGUUUUCCCUGCAUAAAUUUCACAGAAUUGGCUACAGUGUUGGGGGAGAAGUGUUUUGUAUUUGUGGUACAGUUAAUUCCUAAUCUGAAAACUGCUGUUUAUUAUGUUGGAAAUGCUGGUGCUUAAUCUUUCCCUUGAUAGCGACUGCGUUGUAAAUACCUGCGCUGCCCUGCUGUGUAUUUUGCCCACUGGAGAUAUGAGAAAUUGGAGCAAUACAUUUCCUCCUUCAUGAUCUGAAUCCUGUUGUGACAUGCGCCAUUUGUUUGCUGUUUUGUGACUUUCUUGGAAAUAAACUUUGGUUACACAUUU